UUAAAGAUAAGCGCACUUAACAUAAAAUAAUUAAAACUACAAUAAAAAAAAAUAUUUUUAUGUUUUUGUUAUAUGUAAAUAAAAAUCAUAUACAAAAAUGGCAGAGGAAUUACCUAUAUUAAAAGGCAUACUUAAGGGAAACGUUAAUUAUCACAAUGCACCUGUGCGAUUUGGACGCGUGCCGAAACGUGAAAAAGCGCGUAUUUUGGCUGCUAUGCAACAAAGUACACAAAAUCGUGGCCAACAACGUGCUUUAGCAACUGAACUAGACGAUCAGCCACGCCUACUGGCAGCUGUAUUGCGUGCACAUUUGGAAACAUGCGAGUUUACAAAAGAAAAAGUCGCUGCUAUGCGUCAAAGAGCGCGUGAAUGUCCUUCAUACUCAAUGCCAACUUUAUUGGCUUGUCCGCUUAAUCCUGCGCCAGAACUACAAUCGGAGCAAGAAUUCUCUCAACGUUUCGCACACGUCAUACGUGGUGUUAUUGACUUUGCCGGCAUGAUACCCGGCUUCCAAUUGCUGACACAGGAUGAUAAAUUCACACUGCUCAAGGCAGGUCUCUUCGAUGCUUUGUUCGUGCGUCUCAUCUGCAUGUUUGAUUCAUCGAUAAAUAGCAUUAUCUGUCUCAAUGGACAAGUGAUGCGUCGCGAUGCUAUACAAAAUGGUGCCAAUGCACGUUUCUUAGUCGAUUCCACAUUUAAUUUUGCAGAACGCAUGAAUUCCAUGAAUUUGUCUGAUGCUGAAGUUGGCCUUUUCUGUGCCAUUGUCUUGAUAACACCAGAUCGUCCUGGUCUACGUAAUAUUGAACUCAUCGAGAAGAUGUAUAGCAGGCUGAAAGGUUGCCUACAAACAAUCAUUAAUCAGAAUCGCCCAGAUCAACCAGAUUUCUUGGCCAAACUGUUGGCAACAAUGCCAGAUUUGCGCACAUUAAGCACUUUGCACACCGAGAAAUUAGUGGUGUUCCGCACCGAACAUAAGGAAUUGUUACGCCAGCAAAUGUGGACUAUGGAUGAUGAUCAACCACCAACUUCGAAAAGUCCAGGCUCAAGUUGGGAUGAUGGUCGUAUGGAUGUUGAAGCAAAAAGUCCAUUAGGUUCCGUUUCUAGCACUGAGUCUGGUGACUUAGAUUAUACUACUUCAUCGACUACUCCAACAGCACAUCAUCAUCAUCAUCAGCCUUCCUCGUUGGCUUCAUCUGCUCCUUUGUUAGCAGCUACACUCUCUGGUACAUGUCCGCUGCGUAAUCGCGCCAACUCAGGUUCCUCUGGUGAUUCUGGUGCAGAUUUAGAUAUUGUUGGCUCUCAUGCACACCUAACACAGAAUGGUUUGACAAUCACACCUAUAGUAAGAUCGCAUUCCCACCAACAGUUGCAUCAUCAUUUAACUAACGGCACACCACACCGUUAUCGUAAACUUGAUUCCCCCACAGAUUCAGGCAUUGAAUCAGGCAAUGAGAAAAAUGAAUGUGGCAGUAAAGCUGUGAGUUCAGGUGGUAGUUCAUCUUGCUCCAGUCCACGCUCAAGCGUAGAUGAUGCAUUAGACUGCAGUGAUACCAAUGCAGCAAGCACCAGUCAAGUAACAGUAUCCGUAUCUCCAGUGCGUUCCCCACAACCACACAAUUCAGUGGCACCCACCUCUACUUCGGCUGCAUCUACAACAGCGAACUCGGCUAGUACGCUCAAACGUCAAAUCGUUGAGGAUAUGCCAGUACUCAAGAGAGUACUACAAGCACCACCACUUUAUGAUACAAAUUCCUUAAUGGAUGAGGCAUAUAAGCCACAUAAGAAAUUCCGCGCUUUGCGCCAUCGUGAAUAUGAAACAGCUGAAGCUGAUGCUAGCUCCACAUCAAACAAUAAUAACAGCAGCAGCAAUAUUGCUACCACAACGAUAAAUGCACCUGCUGGCAGCCCAGUGCAAAGCUCACAAGCCGCAUCCACCAGUCCGUCACCAGUCGCUUCAAAUACCGCAGCCAUAGUUGUGGCACAGGCAACAGCAUCACCAAAUGCCGCUUCUACAUCACCUCAUCCACCUACUGCUUAUGCUGCGCAUCAGCAACCGCAUCACCAAAGCCAAUUGCACAUGCAUUUGACACGUCCAACACCCACCAAUAAUAACAGCAAUCAACACCAACAGUCCUCCUCUUCGCUAUCUAGCACUCAUUCCGUGCUAGCAAAAUCGCUGAUGGCCGAACCACGUAUGACACCCGAACAAAUGAAACGUUCCGAUAUCAUUCAAAAUUACAUUAUGCGCGAUCCAAUGCCUACUUCUUCGACCACAAAUGGUUUACUCGUUUGUACACCCAACGGUCCGGGUAGUCGCAGUCCAGCACCAUCGCAGCAUAUGUCUAUGCCACAUGCACAUCAUAUAUAUGGUGUAUCCAGUGGUUCACCCGCAUCAAGCAGCUCCAAUGGCUCAAAUUGUGCAUCACCUUCAACCACCACUGUAACAUUAGCUUCACCACCACCACCUAAUGCUGGUGCUGGUGCAGCGGUAGGACGUUGGCCUGGCCAUUCUGUUAUAACAACGACGAGCAUCAAUCAACGCCAACAAUCGGUGUCACCCAGUAGCAAUGGCUCAUCAUCAUCUUCUUCCUCAUCGUCGUCGAGCGGCUGUCAGUAUUUCCAAUCACCACACUCCACCUCAGCCUCUGUCUCGCCACCACGUCCCUCACCAAGUGCUAUGCACUCUCCACCACGUCUACUUGAGUUACAAGUAGAUAUUGCUGAUUCACAACAACCGCUGAAUUUGUCCAAGAAAUCACCAACUCCACCGCCCAGUAAGUUACAGGCUUUAGUAGCAGCCGCUACAGCAGUGCAACGCUAUCCAACAGUAUCAGCAGAUGUGACCGUAACAGCAACAAAUGCGCCACCUACAGCGCAGUCCGCUACAGCACCAGCGAGCAGCACGUUGCAGGUGCAAGUACAUAAGGUGAAAAUGGAGGCGUAAGUGAAAUGUUAAGCAAAGAAUGUGACAAGCUUGAAUUUUGAAUUUUUCUUCUUCUUAAUUUGAGUGUCAAAAUUUUUUCAUAUAACAAGUAACUGAAAUGAAUGCAGCACAGCUGAUGUUGACAAUUGUCUAAUAGAGUUGCCAAGCACAAACUCCGGCACUUACUAAAAAUUUAUUGUGGCAACACUGCGCAUUUCAGUUUGACAAUUUAUGUAAAACAAAUACAAAAACAAAAACUAGUGUUUUAAGCUAGGAGAAAGUAUAUAAAGCGCGAGACUGAAAAUGAAAACUUUUUAAUAUUUAAUUAAAAAUAAUUAAGAAAUUGUAUGAAAAAGAAAAAAAUUUA